UGAAACAUGCUUGUUUAGUGUUACCAAGACGCGCUCAAUAAAUGUCAACAUCGCUGCACAAAAGCAAAGCAGUCUAGGUAUUAUUUCGAGAUGAUUAUUGUUCCGAGAAGUGUAUUAUGCUGAUAUUGAUUGUUUCGUUGCAGCGGCCCAUGACUUGGGGGCUGUGUGGGUUUGCUAUGGUGUGACAACCUUCCCCCCUCUCUUGCUCGACUCUGCUGAGUGCCCCCGUGCUAGAGCUGCGGGGCAAGCCAGCUGACCGGGUUAGUUUAGUGCACUGUUCAAGUCCAACGUACUUGACCCAGCUUGCGCAAAAACAUAUUCAAUUCCGCGAACAAAUCUUCGGUCCUGUUGGUUAGACAAGUUUAAAACGUACUGCCCAGCCGAGGAACUAAAAACUAACAGCAUUGUCUGUAUUUCAGGUGUAGAAAUGCAUUAAUUUAGUCAAAAACAAAGUAAACUUCGUCGUACUUAAUGAAAAGGAAAGUUCUGAAGCAUAUUGACACAAGGAUUUGAACCAAGAAGGAAGACUGAAGAGUAAAGACAUGUCAAGUCAAUGUAUGGUGACUGACUCUCUCUUGCUACCUGAGCUGUGAGUCUUAUCUACCAGAGAGGAUGUGUUUACCCGUUUCCAUGGUAACAGUCUCCAAGCAAAGCACGAGUCGGUGUUGAAGAGAGUCACUGUCAUAAACCCAAGCAGCAUGUUCACCCAGACAGUGUACAAAAGAUCAUCAAUGCGGUGUGCAUUGGGAUAGAAAGAGACCACGCAACUGGUAGUCAGGCAUCUAAUGCAAGUUUAAUGACCCACAACGUUACUACUGGAUUUCUGCUGGCGUUGUGAUCUGCCGUGAUAAGUGCUGCGAUGUGAUUGGUCGGAAUGGAUCAUGAAUAUUCAGUUUUAUUUUAUAAUUGAGCUGGCUCCUGCUUUUGGCUGGAGGUAGUGAGACCAUUCAGCGAGCAGAAUGCCGAAGAAGAUGGAGCCAGGCUCUAAAAGAGUCUAUACAAGCCUGGCCGACCGGGUAAACGGCAAGACUAAAGUUGUAACCUUCUACAAGAGUGGCGAUAAAAACUUCAAAGGCAUUCGGAUGCCCAUCCGCAAAUCGCAUAGGUUUGAAACUCUCUUAUGCGACUUAGACAGAGUCAGUAACUUUCCGUUUGGCGUUCGCCGAAUCGUCACACCCUCCGCUACGCACGAUGUUACUCAACUCAAUGAUUUCGAGGACGGUAAAAUGUACGUUAUGGCGCCGUCCAAGAAGAAACUUCAACCGUUGGAUCUGACGAGCAUUCAGAAUAAGCCUCCAUGGUCGUUACCUAAAAAUAGGACGGACAGUACUGAGUCAGACCUGCCCUCGCCACGCAAAACACGCGCCAACUUUUCAGAUGGUGCGUCGCGAGAAUCAGAUCCCAGAUUGCGCACAGUAAAGAAGGUCAUGGUCAUGAGGAAUGGUGAUCCACAAACUAAACAUAUGAUGCUGUUAAAUCGGAACAAGAUUCCAUCAUUUGAGGCCUUCUUAACGGAUAUCGGGGAAAGCUUCCAGUUACCGGCGCAAAAGCUCUAUUCUUCAGACGGUCAAAAGGUUGAGAGCCUCUCAGCAAUUUUCAAUGGCAUUGGAGAUCUUUUUAUCGUCACGACUGGAGUGGAGAAGUUCCGGCCAGGAAGCUACAAGGAGUACUCACCCUUUAAGACGUCUUCUCGGCAGCGAGAAUCACUACGCAGAAAGUCAAUGGACGAGACGGACCAACCACCUCAGAAGAUCAUCAAAAAAUCAAGAGGGAAAUUCCGUGCGUGGGUAGCUACUAGUGAGAAUCCAGCGGCAGGCACCGAUGCUGUAGUAUCUCUCGUCGUGUACGGAGAUAAAGGAAAGUCUGAUGAUAUUAUCUUAGGAUGCGGAGACGGGAAGUUUGAAUCUGGUAACGAAGAUGAAUUCACGGUGAGUGUGGGGAACAUCGGUGACAUCUUCAAGAUUCGAAUUGGUCACGAUGAAAGCACUGAGUUUGCUGGUUGGCUGUGUGAAGAGGUUCGUUUGCAAGACAUUCAUACGGUAGAUGAGAUGGUGUUUCCGUGUGGUCGAUGGAUGUCACGUGGUGAGGACGAUGGUGAGAUAUGCCGUGAGCUACCUGCAAUUGUAAACGGCAAACCUGUAUACCCAGUAUUGAAUUACUACGUUGCCGUGGUGACUGGGAACUACUGGAAUGCCGGUACAUCGGCCGAUGUGUACAUCACAUUGUACGGUGAGAGAGGUGACACUGGGCCGAGAUUGCUCUUCAAAACCAAGAGGGCAAAGAAGUUUGAUAAAGGAAAGACGGAUGUGUUUAAUAUCGAAGCUGUGUCUCUCGGACUACUACAGAAAGUUCUCAUUGGUCAUAACUCAACCCAACCAGGUGAUGGUUGGUAUUUAGAGAAGGUCUUAGUGAAGGAACACAAGGUAUCGAGUCAAGAGUCUGUAUUUCCUUCUAACUGUUGGCUGGAUGCAACUGAAGAUGAGGACAGUAAAACAAGCUGUGAACUCUUCGUCAACAACAAACCAAAAAACUUGGAAAGAGAAAUGUGGGACCAAGAGAAGUGGAAGUUUCUACCGGGCAAUCAAAUGGUCUUCAUCAACAAAGGCUUGGGUAAAGCGAUCCAGAUCAAACCGGAUGGGUCUAUUGAGGCAACCGUCGACCCCUAUACUAACAAGAAAUCAGCCAAGUUUGAAGUGCAGAAGAUAAAGGAUAACAUUUACACAAUCAGUAGUGUGGCUAUUCCGGAGUCCUUCAUUGCCUUCGAUGGUAACAAGAUCUCUGCCAAGGGAAAGGUGAAUGAACUGAAGUUACGAGUGCAACCAGAUCGGACUAUUGUCAUGGAAGCGGCUAAGAAUUCUCCUUUACUGGUGACAUUUGGCGGGACAGGUAAAGCUGGAGAUUGUCGAGGCCCAUCAUUGGGACCCACAAGACAGUUCUACUGCUAUACCAAGGGUAUGUUUAGAGAUGAAGGAAUUGUGAUGUUCAACACAUCUCGCAUUCAAACAUUGACGGUAACAUCAGACAAGAUCUGUCUGGCUACGGGACCUAGAUCAGAAGAUGCUUAUUGGAGAGUACGUAAGAUCGGAGAAAGUGGAUCUGUACGCAUGUUUGAGAGUCUCUCUAAGCCGGAUAGCUAUCUGAGAAUCAAAGAUGGCCACUGUGAUGUUCAGGGAACUGGUGAUAGUGACUGUCAUUUCAAAGUAGACCGAGUGAAAGACAAAGGUUAUAUAGCAUUGCAGUCCGUUAGUAGUCCCGGUGUAUGCGUAGGGUUUGUGUCUGAUGGUAGCGUCAAGCCAACAGUGGAUACCGGGGAAGAUAACGUACGUCUGUAUCCAGAGGUUAUCCAAUUUGGGACCAAGAAACAUUUGACUACGCCUACCCCACCAGUAUCAGCCAAACCUGCUGUCAACAGGAAGAAACGUGUUGUAGCCAAGCAACCCAGUAAUAACGCCAAGAAGGUACCAGCGCCUAUACCGCUCACCCCUACGCCUACUCCUUCACCACCAGUCAAAGAGAGGUCAUUUUACGAUGCUAACAAAUGCUUAGAGUACCCUAAUACCCCAACCCCCACCCCAACCCCAGAGAACGGGGACUACGACGAGUACGAUGCAGAUGGGGAUUGGAAGGUUUGGGUGAAAACUGGGAAGGUCGCUACGAAGGCGUCAGUGGUUCUGGUCGUCUAUGGUGACGAUGGCGUCUCUCAACCUUUUACCCUGGGCAAAGGAGGAAAGGAACUCUUCAAAGCAGGAGAGGAAAAUGAAUUCAAGGUGAAUGUACUUAGCGUUGGUGACAUCUACAAGAUUCGUGUUGGUCUAGACACAACAAGCAAGAAGGUUUCAUGGAGACUGGAUCAGAUCAAGAUGAAAGACAUGAUCACGGAUGAGCAGAUGGUCUUUAAGUUCAAGAAUCGCUGGUUUUCAUUUCAUGAGGAUGACGGUGAUGUGUGGAGGGAGUCACCGGCCAUUAGACCAGGAGUUAAACCUCUACCCGUGAUGAAAUACUGCAUUGCCGUUCAGACGGGUAGUGAGGAAGGUUCAUCUACCGAUGCUGAGAUUUAUAUCUGCCUCUAUGGUGAGAAAGGAGAUACUGGUCAAAGAACACUCAACAAAUCAAACCAGCAGGACAAGUUUAAACAAUCUCAGAGUGAUAUAUUUGAGUUGGAGGCUGUAAGUGUCAUGACUCCUACUAAGGUGAUUAUCGGACAUCGAGGGACGGGGUCAGGAGCAGGGUGGUUCCUGAAUGAUGUCAUCAUCAAGGAGAAUAAAACAGCCAAGACGGAAUACAUCUUCCCAUGUAAUAGAUGGCUCGACGACGGUCAAGAUGAUAAGUUAAUCGAAAGAGAACUGGCAUUAGGAGACGUCAGAGAAAUUAAACCCCAUGAGUGGCAGGUGUAUGUAACUACAGGUGGUGACGCCUCAGCAGGGACUACAGCUAUGGUGACAUUAGUGGCGUAUGGUGAUCAAGAUAAGACUGAGGUUGCAUUGAUACCACAGGGUGAGGAGGGAUUCCUACCUGGCAAGACCCAAGAUGUUAGGGUAUAUCUGGGUGAUAUUGGUCAACUCUUCAAGAUUCGUAUUGGUCACGACAACAGCGCCACCAACGCCAGUUGGUACCUGAAGACAGUGCGUCUUGUGGACUUGAAUGACAACGUUGAAGUGCAGUUUGAUUUUGAUCGGUGGUUAUCUGAGAAGCACGAUGAUCUGGAUGUUUGGAGGGAAUUACCCGCUGUGCUGAACGGAAAGAAACCACUACCAGUGACCAAAUACUACAUCCAAGUGUACACAGGCAAGGAAGACAACUCCAACACUGACGCCAACGUCUACAUGCAGCUCUCCGGAAAGAACGGAGACUCUGGCAAACGUCAUCUCAUCAGAUCAAAGAACAACAAAGAGAACAAAUUCAAAGUCGGUCAGAUGGACGUGUUUGAGAUUGAGGCCGUUUAUUUGGGUCGUCUGCAGAAGGUCAUCGUGGGGCAUGAUGGGAAGGAAGCCGGGCAGGGAUGGUACUUGGAGAAGGUGGUCGUCAAGGACUCUAAGAACGCGAAGAAUGAACUGCUCUUCCCUUGUAAAAAGUGGUUGGAUGCAGGUGAAGGUGACCAGAAGAUUGAGAGAGAACUAGUUCCCUCCAAACCAUCUUCAGCUCCAAAUCCUGUGACAUCUGAAUCAGCAACUUGCCAAACCAACAGUAUCACUGUCACCUGGAAACAACCAUCCUUGGGUACGGUCAAAGGUUAUCGUGUGACCUGCGACCCUCCAGAUUGCCCCGCUGCCGAGGUCAUCAUAACGGACGUCAAGACUACGAAGGCCGAGUUUAGCGGGUUGACGGCUGGAAAGGCAUACCAGUUUGAUAUCGUCGCAACCAAUGGAGAUGUUGAUAGUGAGAAAGUCACCUUGAAGGCAAAUGCAAAGCCUCACCCAGUCUUAGACGCCUCCUUAGAGAGUACCCAAGAAACCAUCAUAGCCACCUGGACACACCCCGAGGGUGAACUGACGGGCUACAAGCUCCGUAUCACGCCCUCGGACGCUAAGAAAUCCGUCUUGAAGAUCAAAGAUACGAGUACAACUCGAGCGGAGUUUAAUGGUCUGGCACCUAGUAAGAAAUACAAAGUGGAUAUCAUUGCUCUGAGCGGGGAAUCAGACAGCGAGAAAGUCACACUACAUGAAUCAACAAAAAUGCCAGAGAUUCAUGUGUUUACUGUAUCAGAAGUACAGUCUACUAAAUCCACCAACAACUCCCUGGCCGUGUCCUGGGCCAAGCCAGAAGGGGACGUGAACGGUUACCGUCUCCUAAUCCUACCAGCAGAGGGCGCUACACCAGAGCUCAAGAUGAGUGGAGCCGAUAAGACAACGGCCGAGUUCAAGGGGUUAUCAUCGGGCCAGGAAUACACGGUGGAGGUUUAUACAGUGUACGAUGACAAAGAAAGCGACAAGAUGACUGUGACAGCUAGAACAGAAUCUGAGAGCAACCAGCCUCGAGACCCUGCAGCCACUAGUACAACAGACACCAUCGAUGUAACUUGGAGUAAGCCAGAAGGCACAGUAACUGCUUACCGUGUCGUCUGCCUUCCUGAAGACGCCAUAGAAGUUAAGAUUGAGGACGGAGGUACGACAACAGCGAAGUUUGAAGGACUCACCCCGGGUUGUCAGUAUGGCUUUGAGAUCUAUGCAUUCAAUGGAGACACUGAGAGUGAGAAGACAACACUGACACAAACGACAAAACCUAAUGCAGUAGUCGAUCCCAACAUUGAGUCUAGCACGACAGAUGUCAUCAAUUUGACGUGGACUAAACCAGAAGGGGAAAUGACUGGUUAUCGUGUUGACUACCAACCAAUUAAAGACAGCAAAGAUGCAUCAGGUGAUGACCAAGACAAACCUGAAGAUGGUGGACAAGAUGACGUUGCUGAUGAGAAAGACAAACCAAGAAAUGAGGAGGAGAAGGCUGAUGUUUUGAAUGAACCAAGCGAAGACAACGCCAAGCAGAUUAGUGUAGACAAGGAUACAAAGAAACAGGACAAACUAGAGGAUGACGGUGACAAACAAGGGAGUGAUGAUAAUGCUGAAUUGAAGAGUACAUCUAUCGAUGGCGGUGAAACGACCAAAGCAGAGAUUACAGGCUUAGUACCAGGGCAGUGUUAUGAAUUCUACAUCGUUACGAUUAGUGGGGAAGAAGGAAGUGAACCGGUAACCAUCAAAGGCACUACAAUACCAGGAAAGGUCAUCGACCCACAAAUCAUGACAGCACCUGACUCUAUAACCAUCACAUGGUCCCCACCAGAGGGGACACAAACUGGUUACAAGGUGGCUUGUACACCCCUCUCAACGGAAAUGGAAGAGCCCUCUGUAGAUACAAGCAGUGGUUUUAUUAAGACAACGGAUUCAAGCUGUAGGGAGGUCAUGGCGGAGGGGCUGGAGCCCGAUACUGAAUAUAAGAUUGAGAUUUGGGCUCUAAGCGGCGAUAUGGAAGGGGAGAAGUUAACAGAGAUGGCUAAAACAAUGACUACAGAUAAGCCGCUGUCGGUGGUUGACCCAAAGACAGAGAGUACAACAGACACGGUCACCGUCCAUUGGACAUUCCCAGAUGGUCAGUAUACAGGCUUCCGCGUUGUAUGCAUACAGAAAGAGGAAGAAUCUGUAUCAGAAGCAGCUAAGCCGGCCGAGGAUGAAAACCCGACUGAGGAGGAAAACCCAACUGAGGAUGAAAACCCGACUAAGGAGGAAAACCCAACUAAGGAUGAAAACUCAACCAAUAACAAUAAAGACCAGGGAGAAAGUAACGACAAGAAAUCAGAUCCUGGUAACCAUGGCGAUGAGACAUCAGAAACUAACCCACAGCAGCCUACUGAUGAGCAAAAAGAUGCACCCCAAGAGGGCAGCAAACACAUCAUUGAAGAGAAGAAAGUUGCUGUGAGUGAAGUGGAGUUUACGGGACUACUACAAAAGACCACGUACUGCUUUGAGAUUUACACUACAUGUGGUGAAAUGGAGAGUGAAGUUGCUACAGUGGAAGAAACAACAAAAAAAGCUGUGUUACCAACUCAAGGUGAAUGGAAGGUUUGGAUCACAACUGAUGAGGAUUCUAAACCAGCAAACAAUAGCAAAGUUCAUCUCGUUGUAUAUGGAGACAAAGGAAAAACAGAUUCUAUUGUUCUUGACAAAGAGGACCAAGAUAACUUCUAUCAACCUGGUAACACUGACCAAUUUGAUGUUUCUGUUGGUGAGAUUGGCGAGAUCUACAAGAUUCGGAUUGGUCAGGAUGAUGAGGAUGACAACCAAACCAACCAAUGGGAAGGCUGGCAUCUCAAACAGGUCAAGAUGGUGGAUCAGCAUACAGAGGAAGAACUCGUCUUUGAUUUUGAUCGUUGGAUGUCGAGAAUUGACGAUGAUUUUGAUAUCGUACGUGAGCUGCCUGCAGUUAGAAAAGACAAAGAAAUACUACCAGUCAACGUAUAUCACGUAUCUGUGUCUACUGGUGAUCAUUGGGCAGCUUACACCGAUGCCAAGAUGUGGAUUGUCGUCCACGGGGAGAGAGGUGAUACAGGCAAGCGGAGACUCUACCACUCACUCAACCAGUCGUGUAGAUUCAUCAAGGGGCAGGUGGAUGAGUUCAAAGUAGAAGCUGUGUGCCUUGGUGAUGUGUCGAGGGUGGAGAUUGGACAUGAUGGAAUAGGCUAUGGUGCUGGUAUAUUCAUCAACUCAGUGACUGUACGAGAGAAUGAGGGAGCCGAUCAGGAAUAUCUCUUUGCUUGUAAUAGUUGGCUGGAUGAUCAUAUGGAAGACAGACAAACACAAAGACAGUUGCAACUACUUGGAGUUCGUCCAGUGAAGUCAGAAGCAAAGGAUGAGCCUUCAGAAGAAAAACCAGAUAGGAAGUGGACAGUGGCGAUCAAGACCAGUGCAGAAGAGAAUGCUGGUACCACAGCCGUAGUGCAUCUUACAGUAUUUGGUGAGACGGACAAAUCACGUCAUCCACUGGAAGGCAAGGCUUUGGAAACAGACACAGAGCAAGAAUUUGAGGUGGAGAUUGACGACAUCGGUGGGAUUACUAAAAUACGACUGGAACACGAUAACUCUGGUGACAGUCCAGCUUGGCAUGUCCAACAUGUGAGGCUGACGAAUCCAAACCGACCUGAGUUACUGUUCAGAGUGAAUGCUUGGCUAUCGUCUGAGGAGGGUUCAAAUCCAGCUACGAUGAGAGAGGUAGCUGCCAUCAGACCAGGAGUAGAACCUCUCCCAGUGGUGCAAUACACAGUACAAGUGUACAUCAAGGAAGAUGCAGAGAGUGCCUCCACCAACCCUAAUCUACAUGUCGCAUUGACGGGAACAUGUGGUGAAAUGAUGAAACAUGAACUGACUAGAACAUCUCAACCAGUCUCACAAGAAGGAAAAGUAAUGGUCGACACAUUCCACUUUGACGCCGUGUCGGUCGGUCAACUCCACAAGGCCAUUCUGACCAUUAGCUCCGCUGAGAAACAAGAUACAUGGUUUGUAGAGAAACUCACUGUGCAAGAAGGUCGCUAUGCCAAGACGAGAUCUGUCUUUGCAUCUAAGAUGUGGUUUGGUAACGCUAUCAUCGGAGAAGAUGGUAAUACAGUGCUUGAAGCCGAUCUACAACUAGAAGGUGACGAGGAUGUUCCUAUAGACAAGGAUUCAGAGGAGGAUGAUGGGGAGUCUGCAUCCAAGGGGCACUGGACCAUCUGGAUCACCCCUGGAAAGGAAAAUGGAAUGGGCACAAACUCUAACCUCUUUGUUCAAGUAUAUGGAGAAAAGGGAAGCAGUCAGGUUAUACCAUUGAAGCCACAGGAGGAGGAUAAAGCUAAGGAGGGUGAGGUUAAGGAAAAUGAGGAGAAAUCUGACGGAGAUGCUGAGAAAGAAAGUCCUCCUGAGGAGAAAGAUGCUACGAUUGAAGGGAAUGGAACAACUGAUAGCAACGAGGAAGAUAUUGCAUUCCCAGCAGGAUGUGUCAAAGACUUCAAGAUUGAGGUCGGUGAGAUUGGUCCUAUUUAUAAGGUCCGUGUUAUUCUAGAUGAAGAUGGCGACAAUGAAGACAAACAGAGCAUCUUUUUGGAGAAGGUUAAAAUGAAAGACCAAGACACCAACCAAGAGUUUCACUUUUUCAUCAAUCGUUGGCUUCGUCAUUCUGAGGACAUUUCUACCUCAUCGACCGACGCAGAGUCAUCACCGAAGUCAGAAUCGCAAGACAAACAAGAGGAAGCUGAGCCUGAAGUUGAGGAAAAAUCAGACGCUAAGAAUAAGAAGAAGGAGGAGAAGUUGAAAAAAUCCAAGAAAACAAAGGACGACGUUAAGAAAAGUAAAGCGGACGAAAAGACAAAGAAGAAAGACAAGAAUGAGAAGGAGAAGGCUGGAAAGCAGGAGAAAGUCAAAAACCAGGAGGAGACUGACAAGAAGGAAGAUGUGAAGGAUGAGAAGGAGACUGGAGAGCGGAAGGAAGACGUUAAGAAAGAAAUAAGCGAUGAGAAUGUAGCUGGUUAUAUUGAGUUACCAGCCAUCAGGCCGGACAUCCCACCUUUACAAGUUUAUCAGUAUGAGUUGUCAGUACACACUGGUGAUAAGGGGGCAGCUUCUUACGAUGGUAUCAUCUAUGCCACACUGCAUGGACAGCGAGGCGAUACGGGCAAGAGAGUAUUACGCAAAUCCAACAACAAAACCAUGUUCAAUAAUACACAGGUUGAUUUGUUUACUAUUGAGGCUGUUGAUAUCCUACGGCCGUCUAGCAUCACUCUAGGCCAUGGGUCAGAAGGAUUGGGUGCUGGCUGGUUUCUAGAUAAAGUGACCGUUAAGGAAUCUUCAACAGCGACCACACAGUAUGUCUUCCCUUGUAAACGAUGGUUAGAUACCGGCGUGGACAAUCGUAAACUUGAACGUAACCUUCCCCUCCUGGGUGAAGUGGAGUGUCCCAUACCCAUGACCUCUGACACUAAAGGUCACUGGGAGGUCAAGGUCGAGACUAGUAAGCAAGAAGAUGCAGGGACGUCAGCGAAGGUCUUAUUGACUGUUUACGGCGAGAAGGGACAGAAAUCUUUACAUCCGUUGGAGAGAGAAGCGUUCAUGCCUGGCUCUGAGGAGACAUUUGAGAUCUCUGUUGGUGAGAUAGGAGCCAUUAGUAAGAUUCGACUGCAGCAUGAUAACACGGGAGAUAAUCCAGCUUGGCAUGUCAAAUCAGUAACCAUGAAGGAUGUAGAUACCAAUGAGGAGAUGCAGUUCGUAUUCGAUCGUUGGUUUAGUCGAGAUAAAGACACACAGCAGAUAUGUCAGGAGUUACCUGCAAUUAAAGAUAUGCAAGAAUUACAUCAAGUUUACAACUACCAGGUCAAAGUUCACACUGGCGAUGUAGAGAAUGCCACCACAGAGGGCGACAUUUAUGUUACGCUUCAUGGAAGCAAAGGAGACAGUGGACAACGUCUUCUAGCGAAGUCAAACAAUGAAACAAAGUUUGCAAAAGGACAGAUCGAUACAUUCACCGUCCACGCUGUUGAUCUAGGGAAGGUCCACAGUGUGUCAGUGAGUAACCCCUCCCCUGACUCCGCCCACUCGUGGUAUCUAGAAAAGAUGACCGUUAAGACGUAUCCUAAGGCCGAGGAGGAACUCGUAUUCAUGUCUUCACAAUGGAUCGGAGCAAAGGAUGAGGAGAAGGAAGAGUUAAAGACGGCAGAGAAUGAUGUGGAAUUACUUCUACAAGAAAAAUGGAAGUGCACUGUACACACUAGCGAUUUACCCGACUGUGGCACAGACGCCGAUGUCUCAUUGGUUGCUUAUGGUGACAAAGGAAUGUCAAAGGUCAUGGUGUUGACCAAUGGGCAGGAAGGAAACUUUGCACCUGGAAAGACCGCUGAGUUUGAGCUUGACCCUGGUGCCUACAUAGGGGAUAUCUACAAGGUACGAUUACAGCUACAAGAUGGCAAGGACAAAUCAUGGCACUUAAAACAGAUUGAGGUGCAAGAUUGCUUCUCUGAAGAGUGUUUGAGGUUUGAGUUUAACCGUUGGUUAUCGCUGACGGAGAAUGACGGCAAGGAAGACAUUGUUGCUGAGAUUCCUGCAUUGAGACCAGACCAAGAACCACUCCAAGUUGUUCGUUACUAUAUGCAAGUCUUCACUGGUGAGGCUGACGAUGCAGGGACUGACUCAGAAGUUUCAGUGACAGUUUAUGGCGAGAAUGGUGACACUGGCAGGAGACUUCUCAACAAGCCUAGGGAUGGAGAAAAAGCCUUUGAUGCUGCUUUGAAGAAGGAUGUAUUUGACUUUGAAGCGGUGUCCAUCGGAAGUGUAACAAGAAUAGUGCUUGAAAAAGCAGCUGGUACUCCGUGGUAUCUCGAUAAAAUCAUCCUGAAAGAAGGGGAAUUCGCUGCAAUGGAAACAGAAUUCAGUCAUAACAGUUGUCUAGGUGACAAGGACCAACUUGAGGAGCCAGUCUGUAUUGACCUACUACCCAUCAAUGAAGCACCAAGUCAGACUGUAGCAGAUCUCCCUGAAGGUCAGGAACCAGACCAGACAAAGGGCGAAUGGACAGUGUACAUUACGACAGGAGAUCAAGACAACGCUGGUGUAGAAGCCAAUGUGUCUGUCACUGUGUAUGGAGAUAAGGAGGUUAGUCAAGCUCUACCACUCGGAGAACAAGAUCAACCUACCAAGAUGGAACAAGGACAAACUCAAGAAUUCAAGAUCAAUGUUGGCGAGGUCGGAGAAAUCUACAAAGUUCGACUGGAGCCUGAUGGGAAGGAUGAUCAGUCAUCGUGGUUUGUAGAAAAGAUAAAAAUGAAGGAUGCUGAUACCAAGGCGGAGUUUAGCUACACGUUAUCUCGCUGGUUGAGCAAAGACAUGGAGGGAUGUGAUAGCGUUGUGGAGAUUCCUGCAAUAUGGCCAGAGAGACCACUACCACAAGUGAUUACCUACGAUAUUGAAGUCGUGACUGGCGAUGAAGAUGACGCCGGUACACUAUCAAAUGUGUACAUGACCCUGAGAGGCAAAAACAGUGAUACAGGAAGGAGAAACAUAGUCAGACACCCUGGGGAUACGACACUAUUCGGCAAAGGUCAAACCGAUAAACUCAAGAUAGAAGCAGUGUCACUAGGUCAACUAGAGAAAUGUAUUGUUGGACAUGAUGGGAGUGAGCCAGAUUCUGCUUGGUUGUUGGAUAAGAUCAUAGUGAGGGAAUCUGGCCAGGAUGUGGAUGAGGUCAUCUUUUCUUGUAACAAGUGGCUAGCAGUGGACAAAGGAGAUAAACAAACCGAGGUUGAACUGGAUGUCUUACCACCAAGCGAGGGCGGUGUUGAUGCUCCUCAAGAAGCUGAUGAUAAGAAGCCUGACGAUGAGAAGGAAGAAGCAGCACAAGAAGAUGAUAAAGACAAAGAUGAUACAGGAGAUAAUGCCCCCCAGUAGAGCAAGAAUUAGGAUCUUCAAUUAGAUACAACCAUAUAGGAUUUGAGUCAUUGCAUUGGUGAGGCAUCAAUAUAUGUUUGGUUUGCGAUAACACCAUGUGUGUAUCUACUUG